CAGAUCUGCCCGCCAUGGCCUGCACCACGAAGAAGCUAUGCGUCCACACACAGCUGGCAGACCGACCGGCAUCGCUCACUGAAGCAGUUCGCUGCUUUCUGCACCUUAUGCGCAAACCUGCGCCCCCUCUAGCAGAGACCAGGCGGGUGCAAUGUCAGGUGCUUUCCAAUAUCAAGGCCACCAGAGCACGCGUUGCGAAGGCACAGCUUAGGGUCUCAUGCAACUCCGAGUUCAACAUCACCGAGGUGCAUCCAGAGCUUUGCCGAUUGCUGGGCUACGAGCCGAAUGAAAUGGUUGGAAUGAGCAUCUUAGGGUUGAUGUCACCAGUGGUGGCAGAUGCUCAUGCAUCCAUGUUUCGGCAGCUCAAACGCGCGGGCGCGGGAGAGCGGUGUCAGGCCAUGCAGACAGGGCAUUUAAGAUGCCGCGAUAGCAUCGUGUUGGAUGCGGACAGGAAUCCAGUUCCCUGCCGAUUGACAGUUCAGCUGCGCAUGGAUUUGUCUUCCGAGCUCGUUUUCAAUGAGAUCCAAGGGAAGGUAUCACAAUCUGUUCCGCGCGGCUUUGGGCAGUAUAUCCGGCAAGAGCCAGGGCUACACCUAGUGGAUGCUAAGGAGGUUGCCUGCAUAAUGACCGACUUGGCCAACACCACAAGUUUCUCGAUCCAGCAGCCGCCACGUGUCAUGGCGGAGUUACUCCACAAGGUCUAUGUCACCGCAAACGCAGUGGUUGAAAGAGAAGCUCUUCCAUACGUCUACAUCCAUGAAAUUGUUGGAGAUAGCUUGCUAUUGCUCUGCAACGCUGAGUUCAUGGGACGCUUUCCAGGUCGAACAGCUGCCAUUGGCAUCUACGUCGCCAGCAAGGUGCAGAAGGCCGUAGACGAGAUGCUGAGAUCCUUUGGAAGCGACCAUGACAUGUACUUAAGGAUUGGUAUUGCCUCCGGUCCCUUAUGUGCCGGUGUAGUUGAUGGACGAAGUUUCCGCGUUUUUGGCUCGACGAUCCACCUAUCGCAGCGAUUGGAAUCCAUGUGCCCACGCUCACAGAUUGCUUGCUGCUCUAGAUUUGCUGCCCAAUUGCGGGAAGAGGUGGAUCGGGAUGCUAUGCGCCUCAGCCAGUGCACGGCGGAACUGAAAGGUUUGGGCCAGGUGGACUACACAGUCGUAGAUUUCCUUGGAACCCAACUCCCAGGCCAAAACUUGGAAUUGGCAUGAGGCAGAUUGCAUGUGGAUUGCUGCAAAUCGCAGAAUAUCAAUCGCUGUACAAUUCGCAAUCUAAAUGUUGCUUUUGCAUCAGCACGACCUCAUUGCUGUUUGUCGUGGCACAUGUUUGACAGUGUCACUUGAAUAGGAACAGCUUUGAGGGUGGAUGGGACCUGGUUGAGCCUUCAGAACUGACAUUGGAUUGUUGGUUGGGCCGCCACAAGGUCUGAUGGGCCUGCCGAAGUGGCGAA